AUGCCAAAGGAGGUUUUUGAAGAUCAACUCAAAAUGAUGAAGAAUGAGAAGAAACCAAUCAACGUGUGUGACCAUGAGGUAGAUCACUCAAAAUCUGGUGAGGCCUUGAGAAAAACCCAGAAAAAGACUUGUGAGAGUACACCCGAGAGGAAAAAUAACAAUUUCUUUAUGAGAGCGAGUGAGAUCAAGAAAGCAUUACUUUCUCGACAGCCAAUGAUUGUACUUAUGUACAAAGAGGCUCUUUUGAAUACUAACGAACUCACAUCGUCUUUGCCUAGUGUGGUUUUUGAUCUCUUGCAGGUGUAUGACGAUGUUUUUCCUGAAGAGCUUCCACAUGGAUUACCACCUAUUCGAGGGAUUGAAUAUCAAAUCGACCUUGUUCCUGGAGCUAGCCUUCCAAACAAGGCUGCAUACGGAACAAAUCCUAAGGAAACCAAAGAGCUCCAAAGACAAGUCACAUAA